AUGGGAAAAAAGACUUUGUUGAUUCUCACUUUUAUUAGUUAUGCUUAAAUGCAUGCAGCCAGUACUUUGUGGUCAUAUAUGCAAAAAUAUUUGACUAUUGAAAAUUACGACAAAAAUAAAAUGGGUUAAGCAUAUUUGACCUUCUUAUUAACAUAUGGUAUAGGUAUGAAUACUAUUGGUCCAAUGUGUUGUAAAAAUAGUUUAAAACACUCAAUUGGUAUUAGCUGUAUGGCAGUAGGCAUGUUAUUUGCAAUUCUUGGAAUAUUGCAAGAGUUUCAACUCUUAACUUUGUAAAUUGAAAAUUUUAAUGAAUAGUCCUCUGGUCAUAGUAUUGAUGGCUGUUAAUGGUUUAAUUAUAUCUGCUUGUUAUCCUGCUUGUGUAAAUGUAUUGGGAAAUUGGUUUAAAAAUCAUAAAGUAGGGUUGAUUUUGGGAUUAUGGUCAGGAUGUGUAAAUGCAGGCGAUAUUUAUGGAUUAAUAAUUGGUGAUAUUGUUAUCUAAAGAUUUGAAAUACCUGUUUAUUAGAAGUUAAAUUUAAGGAAUCAAUGAAUCGGAAUCUACUCCUCUAAUAUUAAAAUAGAAGAAUAAAAAUUUAAAUAUUCUAUCAGCUUGGUUAGUUCCAGGAGUUGCUAUUUAUGCAGUUGGUUAUGCAUGCCUAAAAGGACCUUUCAUGGAUUUUUAGAUUGGCUACCAUUUUAUUUUUAGUAAAAGGGAGAGAGACUUGAAAACCAUUCUUCUUACAUUUCUUAAAUGUUUGAUGUUGGUUGUUAUAUUGGAGGAAUAUUUUUAGGAUAUUUAGGAGAUAAAUAUAAAAGACGUGCUUGUUAUUUUGUGCCAAGUUUAUUAUUGGCUAUGAGUUCUAUGUUAGUAAUAAGAUUUUGUUUGGAUUUAAUUGUCUGGCCUUAUUAUCUUUUUAUUUUAGCUAUUGGUAUCUUUUAAGGAGGACCAUAUAAUAAUAUUUCAGGUGUCAUUUCGAUCGAACUAACUAAAUAGUUUGAAAAUGAUAAAACAGCUAUAUCAACUUUAUCAUCUUUAAUUGAAAGUACGGGAACUCUUACAGCUGCUAUGUUUUAGGUAAUCAUUCCAAGAAUUGGUGAUGAACAUUUAUUUACAUUCUUAUGUCUUAUAACAUUAUUAGCAGAAUUAGUUUGUUGUGUUCUUUUAUUUAAAGAACUUAAAACUAAAAAAAGAUCUAAAUGA